GGGAUCGAGCCGAUUCGUCUCGUGGAACUACUACCUUCGUUCACGUCCAGAAGCCCGAUAGAAUGUCGUUUGAUUGAGGUAGAUCUUUCCCAGAAACCAGAUUAUGAGGCACUCUCAUAUGUCUGGGGUGACCCUUCCAGAACAAUCGCAAUUUGUGUUGACUAUUGCAAGAUGGAGGUCACCGAGAAUCUUUGGUCAGCUCUAUUCCGACUACGGCUGAAGAGAAAGCCUAAAGUGAUAUGGGCAGACGCGCUUUGCAUCGACCAACAGUCUACAGAUGAUAAGAGACGCCAGGUGCAGAUUAUGAGGGACGUUUAUAAGACCGCCAGUCAAGUGAUCAUUUGGCUAGGGGAACAUACAGACAGUUCCGAGAUCCUGCACUGCGCAAAGGAGCUUCAAACCGAUGAAGAGCUUGCGCAGAUGAAUGCUUCAUGUGAGCAGCCCAGUCAGAUAGCGGCUUUGUCGCACCUGUUGCAAAGACCCUGGUUUUCCCGGACCUGG